AUGUGGCACAUUCAGAAUAACUAUCAGUACAAGAUGCAACGCUCAAAUUCAGAUGUAAUACAGUUGAAAUGUGUAAAAGAGCCUGUUUGCAAUUGGUAUCUUAGAGCUAUGAAAAAGGAAAAACUCAAUGUAUGGAAGAUAACAGUAAUUAGAGGGCAGCAUACAUGCACAAAUGCGUCACUGCAUCAGGGUCAUCGACAGUUGGAUUCAGAAUAUAUCGCAAAGGAGGUGCUACCUAUGGCAUUUUGGCCUUCUAUAGUCGGCUUUCAAUCCUGUCGUCCUUUGAUAAGUAUUGAUGACACACAUUUGUAUGGGAAAUACAAAGGUAAAUUGUUGAUCGCGGUUGGGUAUGAUGCAGAUAAUGGCCUUUUCUCGUUGUGCUUUGCUAUUGUAGACGAAGAAAGUGCUGAUAAUUGGGGAUGGUUCAUAGCAUGCAUUCGUUCUUAUGUUACCGAUCGAAGAGGCAUUUGUGUGUUGUCUGAUCGACACGCUGGUAUUUUGGUAGCAAUGCGUGAUGGUUGGCCAGAACCAUUUGCUUAUCAUAGGUAUUGCUCGAGACAUUUUGUGAGUAAUUUCAACACCCAUUUUAAAGAUAAAGAUUUGAAACAAGCGGUUGUCACAAUGGCUAACGAAGAAUCUAAGGAAAAAUUCAACUUUUGGAUGUCGCGUGUUAAGGAUUUGAACAUUGCUGCGUGGGAGUACCUAAAUAGUGCCGAGAAAGAAAAGUGGAGUAAAGCAUAUGAUGAUGGCCACAGAUACGGUAACAUGACUACUAAUAUGUCUGAAAUCUUCAAUAGUGUUCUGAAGGGUGGGAGAUUUUUGCCUAUUACAGCACUGGUUCAGCUGACAUUUUACAGGUGCAACAAAUAUUUUGUUAAGAGGAGGAUUGAAGCAGAACAAUUUAGAUUACGAGGGAUUGAUUUGCCACCACAAGUUUUUGGACAUAUUAGUUGUGAGACUGUGAAGUCUAAGCGGGAACAAGUUCGAAUGUUCAACCAUAAUCCUCCUACAUUUCAGGUGAGUACGAGAAGACGUGGUGCGGAGGACAAUCAAAGUUCUAAUCGUUCAUACGUUGUAUGUCUUGGACAACAACAUGAAGAACAAUAUUGUUCAUGGAAUAUGUGGCUUCUUUAUCACCUUCCAUGUAGCCAUCUUCUAUCGUGUUGUUCAGCUAAUAGAAUCGAUUGGAGUAUAUAUAUGGAGCCAUAUUUUACAAUUGGGGCAUAUGAAAGCACAUGUGCCCCAGUUUUUAGUCCGAUACCCGAUGAGACAUGUUGGCCUGAUUAUUUAGGACUGAUGGUUGUCGUUGAUGAUGCACAACGAAGGAAAAGGGAAGGUCAUCCCAAGUCAACCAGGCUUAGGAUUGAUAUGGAUGCACGGGAAGGUCGCACUACAAACAAGUGUUCAAGGAGCUGA